UACUAGAAAAUAACUCAUCCCAUUGGCACUGGCGACAAGAACCCCACGUAAACCCCUAAACCGCAAAAACAACUCUCAAAUCUUCCUUCUUCUUUCUUCUUCCUCAAAGAUCUCAACUCCACAUCAUGAGGAGAUCUUCCUCCAUAGCUUCAUCCUUCCUCUCCCGCUCAAUCUCCACUUCUCAUGGCUCUUCCGCCAUCUCCACUCACCGUCUUCUACAAGCCGCCCUCUUCAGUUCCACCUCCCACAACCACCGCCGAUGGUUCUCCUCUCUCCUCGAUUCCUUUUCCGGUCGCUCUACCCGAGCUGUAUCCCUUGGCGUCGUUGGUGCUUUUGCUUCUAUAGCCGCUGCUGUUUCCAUGUCCCAGGAGGUUUAUGCCGAGGAGCGCUUGCGCCAAGACUUGAUUCCUAAGGAGGUUGUGCUCUAUCAAUAUGAAGCAUGUCCGUUUUGUAAUAAAGUUAAAGCGUUUCUUGACUACUACGAUAUUCCAUAUAAAGUCGUCGAGGUCAAUCCACUUAGUAAGAAAGAAAUUAAAUGGUCGGAUUAUAAGAAGGUGCCUAUACUGGUGGUUGAUGGUGAACAGUUGGUUGACUCGUCAGCCAUUAUCGACCAGUUGAGCCACAGGGUUUUGCCAGAUAAGAAUGUUUCUUCUGUCUCUGAAGAUGAUGAAGAGACAAAGUGGCGCAGAUGGGUAGAUAAUCACUUGGUACAUAUGUUAUCACCAAAUAUAUAUCGAAAUACUUCUGAAGCCCUUGAAUCAUUUGACUACAUUACUAGUAAUGGUAAUUUUGGCUUUGCCGAAAAGAUUUCUGUAAAGUAUGCUGGAGCCGCCGCUAUGUACUUCGUGUCAAAGAAACUAAAGAAGAAAUAUAAUAUUACUGAUGAGCGUGCAGCAUUGUACGAAGCAGCAGAAACGUGGGUAGAUGCUUUGGCUGGACGGGACUUCCUAGGAGGCUCAAAACCUAAUCUAGCUGAUCUUGCGGUGUUUGGGGUGUUAAGACCCAUCCGUUACUUGAGGUCUGGUAAAGACAUGGUGGAGCACACACGGAUCGGCGAAUGGUACACCAGAAUGGAGAGCGCUGUUGGAGACUCCUCCAGGAUCAGAUCCUAAUCGAAUCUCAUUUUCUGGGCGUUAGUAACCCUGGAAAAAUCACUUUUUGCUCACUAAACUAUUUCUCUGUGAGGGUACACAAGAUCUAUAUGUUCAAAUUUUGAUAUUCCAAUUGAUUUUUUAGAAACUACCAUCGUUAUUAUUACCAUGAGAAAUGGUGUCAUCAAUAUCGAAAGUAAUAAAAAGAAUACGUUUUUUUGUUUGUUUUUGUUUUACUGUUUAAGAUGAGAAAUACUUGUUGAACAGAGUGGCAAAAGAUUGCAGGUAAUCAUUCGGAGAGGAGCCAGAAACGGAAGUACAGCAAUAUACUAUGGAAAGUGGAUUUGGAUUUUCCCGCUAUAGGAAGGCAAUUGAAACUCACUAAUCAUACCAGCCCUUGUUUAUUUCCCUCUUUUGUUUGGGAUAGUAAUUUGUUGAAAAUAUUUUGUAAGGAUGUGAUACAGUCUCAUGUUCUUUGUUCAAUAAUCUGUUUAAAACUUUGAAUGAUUUACAUAAAAGAAAUGAAAUGACAAUUGUUCUGAUUA